CGUGCUAACUGAGUACAACGUGGUACUUCGGGAAAGAAUGUUUCGGUUGCAUGAAAAAACAGUAUUUCAUCGUUGCGCCCACUCUUCAGAAAGCGAUCAGGUAGUGAGGGAAAAGCGUUUGCCAUAUAAAAUUGAAAAAUUCGGCGUCGAGGGUAGCCACCCACCACCGAGCCCAACAAGGAGACGUUACAAAGUUGGAAGAAUACCUGCAGACGCCAGCCAUGCAUCGCCGCUAUAACCUAAUAUAAUAUACCAGAGGUUCUAUAAGUACACCAGAUUAACCCUAGCCGUCCAGAAAUUCGGAAGUGAGAAGUGAAAAGAAGGCGGGAAAGAUGAACAGGCGAAAGAGAUAAAGCAAAAGGAUUUACGAGGAGGACUGGAAUAGACAACUGCCGAUUACCUCCAGGUGGGUUAGUCUGGAGGUGCCGUCUAUGUGAAGCAGAGUUCAAAGAGGUAUCGCCUCCGCCGUGGGGCCCUAAAGGUCUAAAGACCCGGCAUCAGAUCAAUCUCCAGGAUCCCCCCUUUCCCCAGACAUGGCUAAACUUGGGAGGGUCCUCCUCUCAUUAGCUCGGGUACGUGAUGUCGCAAGUCACCAAACGCCUGCUGACGCAGACGCCCCUACGGUGGCACACCUUGUUCUAACCGGAAUACAAAAGAAAAAGAAAAAAAAAGAUCAGCGAGAUAAAAAUAUACAAGGUAAUCCACCGUAAAAACAGCAUAAAGGUGAAUGGUUGCAAUGAGCGUUGCUUGCGACUACUACCGCGAUUGCAGGAUCUAAGGCAUAACGAAGGUGCGCCAACUGAUUGGUACAGCAUCGCAGGCGUAUUGCCAUGAAAAGAUGCUCUUGCUUGCGUGUCUCGCGACAACGCAAUAAUGCGCCACGUGCUUACGGACGUUCGCGCCGUAGUUUUUACGACGCUUUUGUCCGCCAUCCUGCAGCGCAACACAAAGCUUGCGUUCUCCCAUUAAUCAGGGUCGACCUCGUGUCACCCUUCUCGGCUACAAGCCUGUACUGCCAUCGAAACAGAGUCGUCCCUCACUGUCGUUGCUUUUGUGUGAAAUACACGCGAGCGGCGGGGCUUUCUGCCCUAGCGCUCUUCCAUUCUCGUGACCCGACUGACCCAGUUCGAAGACAGGCUAAAGGAGAAGACCUCGUUGGUGCCUCUGCCGCUGGUUUUGGGAAAGGGGCUCGCCGCCACCCACCUAUCGCGGAGACGGGAGUGCCGCAACGCACACGCACCGAGUCUGGCGACGCGCUCUCAAACGCCGAACAAGCAUUCGGAAAAGAGAGAGGCAUCAGAAAAGCAAGUCGCCCAUGCCAUCGCCGCCUGCCUGGAGGGGAAAGUGGUGAGGGCAUCCUCCCCUAUUCCGACCUCGGGUGGAAAUGCACGAGAGGGGAGUGCAAACGUAAUCCUGGCCAAAAAUGUACAUCACAGACCGCCGCCUUCCCGCUUCGCGGCGGGCGGGAUCAGUGGAAGAAGGUGCGGCUCUAUAUAAGCGAACCAGAAGAUGGAGUCGAGGAUGCCAUCCGCGCCUGUGUGACGACCAAUUGUGUGGUAGCUGUCGACUCCAAUACUUCGGAGCAACGCGUCCAGGACAGAAAAGGCGGAGAAAUGGUUACGAGAUAUUGCGCGCUUCUGCUUGCCGUGGCGACCAGUGCCUCGGCGACCCUGCACUGCCACCUGCUGAAAGGCGGACCUGCGGGGAGGCCCUUCUUAGGCGGCGGCCCCCUCGUUGGAGCUCCAGGCGGUUUCAAGGGCAGCUUCGGUGGUGGCUACUCGGGCUUCCGCAGCGACUUCCACAGCGGCGGAGGCGGCUUCGCACCUGCUGGUCCCUUAUUCGCGUCCGGCCCAGGAGGCUUCGGAGCGGGUCCCGCUGUAGGAGGUGGCUUCGGCCCAAGCUUAGCGUUCGCUCCUGGUCCUGCAUCUGUGUCUGGAUUCGGUCCCGGAGCUGGCCUGCCUGCUCCACUGACUUUGGCUAGGCCUCCAGCGGUGCAAUCCACAUUCAUCCCCGGAGGUCAGACGAAGGUCAUUCUCGUCAAGGUCAAGCACUUGGGAACAACCACACACCACCCGACUGCCUUCAACGGGCCGGCACAGGGAGGCCCUCUGCAGGGACCCACUUUUGGGGCGGGACCCUUCGCGGCUCCUUUCGGCCUGCCCAGCUCGGCGGGAUUCGGGGGGCCACUGAAGUCAGGAAAGGGCGGCUGGUGGUGAACAGGUUUCAAACGAGCCGUGUCCUGCAUCAAAGGUCGUGGAGCUCUUUGCUUCUGCGCAUGUCGUCCAUAAAGGACUGGACUCACGGCAGUGCCGACACGUUGCCUGUCAACGAACCUGUGUGAGCCGCUCACAACGCGCGUGAGCGCACUGCCCGCACCGCAGCAGAAGGUUCUGAGUAAUGUUUCCACGAACGCAGCUCAGACCUGUAGAAAAGCCGUUUGAGGCGGGGACACCAAUUAACAGUUGCUAAGAACGUGCUGUACGGGGCGAGCUUUGUAAUAGGCGCAGAACUGUUCUCUCUGUUCCUUUUCCUUUCAUUUUUAUUUUUGUGUGCACGUGUGUACGUGAAUGUGUUUGUUUAAAUGUACAAAAGUUGAACGAUGUGAGGCCCACUUUCCUUGAAGGUCCAGUGAACGCUGUCAAGGAAGUUUUGCGCGCGCAACUGAACUUUCGCAGUGCCGCUGCAGGAAAUUGUGGCUUAUUAUGGUAUGUGAUCUUUCACGCGCAAGUUGCCGCACAGCAUGUUACAUUUAAAUGGCGUGUAAAAACUUCUGAUGUGUCUUGCAACAGUGUUGUCAUAAUUCGACGCUCAUACUCAGUAGGUUCGUCUUUCCGUACACCGACGCGCACAACCUUUCGCUUAGCCUGCCGCUCCCUCAGAAGCCUUUGUAAAGGUGGAGUAGCAGGCUAAACCUAAGCUACUCUCGCCUCCACUGUUUUCUCAUUAAAAUCUCUCCUUCGCUCAUGUGGCCCUUGUCUCUAGACAAAGCCACAGCAUAGGGAAAGCAACGGCUGCUGACGCAGCAGCACGUCGGAUAGUUCACGGAGUCUCCAGGCCUCAAGUCCAGUUUUCGGAAAGCUUAAUCCUGGUACGAAGUCUCCGAAGAGAGACUCCUUCCGGUCGGGUGACAUUGCAGGGAACGGAGAGGACACACAGGGUCAUCUCCGUUAUCUAUCUGCUCCCAUCUGAGCAGAUAUUUUUCGGUCAGCAUGAUGGAGCUUCAUUCGCAGCGAAGGGAGUCAGGUGAACUGUCAAGUGAACGAGACAGAUUUGGGUAGUUAGCGGGCAAAGAACACACAGGACGAAAAAAGAGAUAACACGAAGCGGUUGUUGUCUCUGUCUUCGUCGUGUGUGUUCUUUGCGGUAACUUCCCAAAUCAUGACUCGCCAACUGGCCUAGACCAACACUCUUCUGAGAGAGAUUCACUGUACGAUAGUAUAGUGUUCGUAACCCUGCUCCUGCAACCAGUAGACCUUGACGUUGAAGUUGGACGACUUGUAACGUCUUAGGGUGAGAGAGAAUGUGCAAAGAGGAAGGUAAGGACGUUAACCGGAAAGUGUCUGGUUCGCUACUCUAUACAGGGCAGCGAGAUAACCGAAAAAGUGAAAAAAACUAGAAGACUCCCUGGACAAUUAAAGAUGUCAUGCACAAGAAAGUCAAGUGUAGCCCCGUACAGUGGUUUAUCUCAAAAGUACAACAGCGCCUUCAGAAGCCGAUAAACAGGUAGCUCUCUUUUCUAGGAUCUUGCAUGCAGAUAAAAGACGGUCGUCCAUUUGUGCUACGUUGCAGGAGUGCGAAUUUCCCUGUUCAUAUUUUCGACGCAACCGCAGACAUUUCGUUCAGGAAGAAAGAGGCUUUCAUAAAGCAACUCCGAAUCGCAGCCUACGCAGAAGACUUGCCUCGCAACGAGGGAGUCCGACUGGAGCUAUACAGAUAAUGAUUCCAAUUGUGCACGCGUGAAACACGACCGGAUCCGCAUCUCUAACGAUCGCCAAUGAACAAGCCGACGAGGCUGUCUAGUAGCGUCGGAUGAAUCAAUCCACAGAUGCGCAUUGUCUUGGUAACAUUGUUCCAGAUGCUUCACAGCGCUGACCAAGACGGUAUAUGAACGCCGUCAACAUUAUCAAGCGGAGAACAGCAUUGGCUGCACUGCAUAUGAGCGGAAGCAAUAAAGAACGUGGUGUUUCUGAGAGCAAUAAAGAAUAUAGCAUUUCUGCUAAA